AUGACGAUUCCGGACGAGGUCGACAUCAUCGUCUGUGGUGGAGGCUCCUGUGGAUGCGUGGUCGCCGGUCGACUUGCCAACCUCGAUCAUAACCUUCAGGUCCUCUUGAUCGAAGGUGGAGAGAACAACCUGAAUAACCCAUGGGUGUUCCGACCGGGGAUUUAUCCCCGAAACAUGAAAUUGGACAGCAAGACUGCGUCCUUCUACUACUCUAGGCCUUCGGAAUGGCUCGAUGGACGAAGGGCUGUUGUGCCUUGUGCCCACAUCUUGGGAGGAGGAUCUUCCAUCAAUUUCAUGAUGUACACGCGUGCUUCAGCAUCGGACUACGAUGAUUUCCAAGCCAAGGGCUGGACCACAAAGGAACUCAUUCCCCUCAUGAAGAAACACGAGACCUACCAGCGAUCCUGCAAUAACCGCGACAUCCACGGAUUUGAGGGCCCCAUCAAGGUAUCUUUCGGAAACUACACCUAUCCCAUCAAGGAAGAUUUCCUCCGCGCCUCUGAAUCGCAAGGUAUCCCGACCACAGACGAUCUCCAGGAUCUCGUGACUGGCCACGGCGCCGAGCACUGGCUGAAGUGGAUCAACCGCGACACUGGCAGGCGCAGUGACUCUGCCCAUGGAUACGUCCACAGCACCCGAGCUGUUCACCAGAACCUCCACUUGGCCGUGAAUACCAAGGUCGAGAAGGUUAUCAUCGAGGGCGGAAGAGCUGUCGGUGUUAAGACCGUCCCGACCAAGCCACUCCACCCCAACCAAUUGCAUUCGAAGACAUACCGCGCCCGCAAGCAAAUAAUUGUUUCUGGCGGCACGCUCAGCUCUCCAUUGAUCCUGCAGCGAUCCGGUAUCGGUGACCCCGAGAAGCUCCGCAGGGCGGGUGUCAAGCCUCUUGUCGACCUCCCAGGUGUCGGCUUGAACUUCCAGGACCACUACCUUACCUUCUCCGUUUACCGCGCCAAACCACACGUAGAGUCAUUCGAUGACUUUGUCCGUGGCGACCCCAAGGUUCAAGAGCAGGUCUUCCAGCAGUGGAACACCAACGGAACGGGUCCCCUUGCCACCAAUGGCAUCGAGGCCGGUGUCAAGAUCAGACCCACGGAAGAGGAAUUGAAGGAGAUGGACAGCUGGCCAUGCCCUGAAUUCAGGUCAGGCUGGGACAGCUACUUCAAGGACAAGCCCGACAAGCCCGUCAUGCACUACUCUGUCAUUGCCGGAUUUUUCGGUGACCAUAUGCUUCUUCCUCCGGGCAAGUUCUUCAGCAUGUUCCACUUCCUUGAAUAUCCAUUCUCUCGUGGUUCAACUCACAUCGUCUCCCCGAACCCGUACGACGCACCCGACUUCGAUGCCGGAUUCAUGAACGACAAGCGAGACAUGGCACCCAUGGUCUGGGGCUACAUCAAGUCUCGAGAGACUGCCAGACGAAUGGAUGCGUACGCUGGUGAGGUGCAGUCGAUGCACCCAUUCUACGCCUUCGACAGCCCCGCAAGGGCGAAGGAUCUCGACUUGGCCACCACGAACGCGUAUGCCCUCCCCGGUAACCUCACCGCGGGUAUCCAGCACGGAUCGUGGAGCUCGCCCGUCGAGAAGGGACGCGCUCCCGAGCCCACUUUCUUGUCUUCCAACAAGCAGGAUGUGUACGAGGACUUGAAGUAUUCCAAAGAGGACAUCAAGCACAUCGAAGACUGGGUUAAGCGUCACGUCGAGACCACAUGGCACUCCCUCGGCACGUGCUCGAUGGCACCUCGCGAGGGCAACUCCAUCGUCAAGCACGGCGUGUUGGACGAGCGCCUGAACGUGCACGGCGUCAAGGGCCUCAAGGUUGCCGAUCUCUCCAUCUGCCCUGACAACGUCGGCUGCAACACGUACUCCACCGCACUGCUCAUCGGCGAGAAGUGCGCCGUGUUGACGGGCGAGGACCUCGGAUACUCUGGCUCUGCCCUCGACAUGAAGGUUCCGAACUACCAUGCUCCUCGCGAGAUCGCCAACUUGUCGCGCUUGUAGGCGGGAGUUUGUCAGACUGCCUGCCCUUGUGUAAACACGAGAUUGUGGCUUGGGAACGAGGGAAACGAGAAUGUGUCUUGCUUCUAGUCAUUCCUUACAUUAUAUGAUGAUGAUGAUGUGCUUUAGUAAGAUGUCUUCUUAUGAUCUCUUCUUUUUCUCUUUCGGAAGUCAAGCGGGCGGAACAUGUUAUUGAGCUGUCAAAUAUGUUGUACUGGGUGGUGACUUUUGCUAUAUAUGAAGGUGCUGGUGUUAAG